CAUAUCUGCGUGACGCGGACGGUGAGCACGGUGGUCUAAGCGGUUAAGCGGAGGCAAAUUUCUGACGGACGCAGGUGCAAACAAGGCGGGGGAUCCAUUCAUGUCAGCAAGACAAAACAAGAAACAGCGAAAAGGGAGGAACCCCAACAACCGCGAACGAACUGUCACUACUCUCACGGAGGAUCCCAACUCAUCAUAUCUCGUUCCUACUCCCAGCGAAGAAUCGCCUGCUACCCUCAUGGGAUCCAAUCAAGCGUACACAAUGGCACAGUCUUUUCCUUUCAACUUUCAACCUUUCGUACAGCAGCAGCCUUUUUAUCAGCAACAGCAGCAACCCCGCCCUGGCUCAAACGAUCUCGAGGUCCUCGAAAAUCUCAAGCAAAGGAUAAAGGCUGGUCAGCACGAGUUUUAUCGUGCCAUUCCUAAUCCUGCGGCUCUCGCAAGCAUCUACAAGGGUCCAAGCUCUUCAUCCCAAGUGCCGCAUCAUCCAGAACAGGCGCCUGACUAUCACGACAGCUCAUCGCCAUCCAAGUCGGGCCAACUCCCAACGUCGGAUACCUCUAGGCCGCGGAAGGAAAAUUGGGAGGGUUCGAGGAUGCUGACAGAUACGGCCAGCAUCAACGGUGGUGGACGAUACGCUGACAAUACUACCGCCAAGCCCGCCCAUGAACUGAAUGAACAAAAACCCCAACUUCCCUUGGCAGACUCUGUUCCACCUCAACGCUCAGCAAUGGUCAACGGAAAUGACUCUUCUGGGAUCAUCAAAUCGGACUCCCAGCGAGCAGAGUCCAGAGGACCACCACCUGACGAGCGCUCUAGAGCGGGUUGGUCCCACAGAGAUGAUGUGCCAUCUAGUGAUGAUAGGCGCCUGUCUGAUGCUCGCAACAACCGCGAUCGUACUCUUCCCCCGGCAAAGGAGGCAUCGCGGCACUACGAUGGAAGAGACGCAGAUCGGGAGCGCGAUCGAGACAGGGAUCGCUUCCGGUACAGAGACGACAGAAGAAUGACGGAUGCACGAAGACCGCCUCCAGAUCAACGGCACUACGAGCCAGACUAUAGCAGAAGCGGUCUCCCUCCUCGUCGGUAUGAUUCCAGAGACGAUAUAGCUGAUGACCGUCGUGGUCCACCUGUUGACGAGCGCGGACCCCGUCCUCUGUCUGCUGAGGAGCGUGGACCUCGUCCUUCUUUGUCUGACGACCGACUUUCUCGUCCUCCUGUGGAUUCUCGGCCUCUCAUCUCUGAUUCUCGAGCGCCGCCAUCUUCUUCUCGUGAUGAGCGUCCUAUCAGGCCUGUUGACCGCGAUUUACCACCGCCUUCCGGCAUCACGAGGCCUUCUCAACCGGUUGCACGGAUUCCAGCUGACGAUAGGGCAGCUCGUCCUGCUACGCUUGAAGAGCGCAUCAGCCGUCCUUCUUUGCAAGACCGUAUCACUCAACCAAGGGCUGAACCUCCCCAUCCGGGACCUAGUCUUGGAGAACGUCUCUCUCAAUCGGCAACGGAACCUGUCAAUGGCCGAACGCCUCAACCUGAUGAUAGGCUGGCACGCUCGACAUCAAACGUUCCUGAACGUGAUCAUGACCGUGCUGACACUGCUCGUCCGCUUGCUGCAGAGGACCGUCCCCCUCGACAAGAUGAUCGUACGCCUCGUCCAGGAGGUGACCGCUAUUCCAGGCCGGUGUCUCCACCCAGGACAAGCACGUACACUCGUGCGCCGUCGGUAGCUCGUGAGGAUACACGUUCAAAAAUUGCAUCACCAACUCCUCGUUCUGAGUCCUAUCGUCCUCCUCCCAAGCUCACGCGUCCAGUCCCAAAUAAUUACCGUCCAGGUGAGAUCCAAGACGACAGAGACAGAGACAGAGAAAGGGACAGAGACAGGGACAGGGACAGGGACAGAGUGGAAGGAUACUCUGGCCCUGGAAGAUUCUCUCCGCCUUCGGCUGCUGACCUCGCUAGGGAUCGAGACCGCUUGAGGCGACAGUUUGCCCCGGAUCCUCCUCCUAGGGAAGCUUACGAUGAAAGGGAUCGGAGGUAUGUGCCGCCUCCGACCACGGCAGAAAGACGAGACUGGCCACCCUCUUACUCUCAGGCGCCCUAUGAAGGUCGGGGCCGUGAUUGGGAUGACGACUAUUGGAAGUACAAUGCCAGAGGCGCCGAUCGAGACCGAUUCGAUGCUCCUCGGACCUCCACAGCAAGUGCAUGGGAGACACGAGAAGAGCGCGAACGAAGGACGACGAGCUAUCCUCCUGUUCCUCCACCUCCUAGGGCACCUUCUCCAGCGCGAUCAUCGUACGAUCCGACUAGACCUCUGAGCACAAGGUUGACAGACUAUCCACCGACUACUGCUCCGGCUGCUGCAGGAGAUGACAGAGAGCGGACGUAUCCGCCGCCUCCUCCUCCUCCUCCCUCAGCUAGGGACGCGCGGUUCACAGGCACCGCGACGACUCCCAGUCCGGGAUACACUGGUACCAGACGUCCACGCAGUCCGAGUCCGAGCCCGCUGAGGACUCGGUUGGCGGGGGCACCUCCUGCGGAUGACUUGAGGCCUCCUGUGAAGCGCUCGAGGGAUGAUUAUGAUUACUAUGGCGGACGUGCGUCGUAUGAGAGGCCAGUAUCACCGGCUCAACCGCCUCCGACGAGCGCUGGGAGUAGUUAUUAUGACUCGUCGCGCAGCCAGCCGCCGACGUCUGCGAGUACGGUUGGGAGCAGUGCUUCUGCUGAGUAUUCGAGAGAGUAUCCGGCGACGUAUGAUAGACCGGUUAGGCAGAGCUAUAUUCCGAGAAAUGCAGGAUAUGCGAGGGAUCUGAGAGAGGAGAGGCGAUAUAUGCCUCCUUCUCGGUAAAAUACGCUACGCUCUUGAAGAGCUGUACUAAUUUUGUUUUUAGCGAUCUAUCAUGAAUACCGUUGGAUAUCUUUUUUUUCAUUUUUUGUGCCUAAUUUAGCCCUUGGGGUUUCUUUUACUAUUCUCUAUGCGAAAAUAUGUUUGGCCUGGGCGGAUCCCACAUAUGUAUUUUGUAGAAAUACAAUUGACUAUGCUUUUCUGUCUCUCAUAAAUGGCUGAAA